GAGAUGAUAUAAUUGUUGCUUCUAAACUCUUCUUCAUUCUUCGGAAUAGUCAGCUCCCAUCAACUACCACACUUCUCUGAUCAAAGAUGAGCGCUGGCGUCUUCUCCAUUGCACUGCUUCUGUGGGCGAUUUCAUGGACUGUCGCAGAAACGCAGCUGCCACUUCAUCCAUUUCAGCUGAUCCAAGGAGGGAGAAACCCCACUAUUAACCCCAAUGUCUAUGAUACUUCCAAGUACGGUAUUCUUCAGCUCAACAAUGGCUUGGCUCGGACUCCUCAAAUGGGAUGGAGCAGCUGGAACCUAUUUGCCUGCGAAAUUAACGAGACAAUCAUAAGAGAAACGGCUGAUGCGCUCAUCUCAUCUGGUUUGGCGAGCUUGGGUUAUACAUAUGUCAACAUUGAUGAUUGUUGGUCUACUCCGUUGAGGAAUUCGAAGGGUGAAUUGGUUAACGAUCCAAAAUCUUUUCCAUCUGGAAUUAAAGCUCUUGCAGAUUAUGUCCAUGCAAAGGGACUCAAACUUGGUAUCUAUUCGGAUGCUGGGAUUUUUACUUGUCAAGUUCGAGCUGGAUCACUAUAUCAUGAGAAUGAUGAUGCAGCACUUUGGGCAUCUUGGGGUGUUGAUUACUUGAAAUAUGACAAUUGUUACAAUCUCGGCAUUGACCCAAAGGAAAGAUACCCGCCAAUGCGUGAUGCCCUAAAUGCUAGUGGACGCGCAGUAUUCUAUGCACUUUGCGAUUGGGGUGUUGAUGAUCCUGCAUUAUGGGCAAACGGGGUUGGAAAUAGCUGGCGUAAUACAGAGGACAUCGAAGAUACAUGGGAAAGCAUGACAGCGAUUGCUGAUAUCAACAAUAAGUGGGCAGAAUAUGCUGGUCCUGGCGGGUGGAAUGAUCCUGAUAUGUUAGAGGUUGGCAAUGGGGGCAUGACUUAUGAGGAGUACCGAGCACAUUUUAGCAUUUGGGCGUUGAUGAAGGCUCCGCUUAUAAUUGGUUGUGAUGUAAGGAACAUGACUGCCGAAACAUUUGAGAUUCUCAGCAAUACGGAGGUUAUUGCCGUAGACCAAGAUCCACUCGGAGUUCAAGGAAGGAAAGUUUCAGUUUCUGGAGCAGAUGGAUGCCAGGAGGUUUGGGCAGGACCUUUGUCUGGGAAUCGUUUGGUGGUGGCACUUUGGAAUCGAUGUUCGAAAGAUGAAACUAUUACUGCCCAUUGGGAUGUAAUCGGACUUGAAUCCUCAGCCAGUGUCUCUAUAAGAGAUUUGUGGAAGCACGAAGACAUUUCAGCAAAUGCCGUGAAAUCCUUCAGUGCCAAGGUUAAGUCUCAUGGCUCUGAGCUAUAUAUUUUCACUCCACAGACAGUGACUAGCUAUUCUUCAUGGUGAUGAGUGUGAGGUUUGUGGUUAGAGGGGAAUGGUUCCUGUAUGUAUAUAACUCAUGUUUUGGUGUUGGCUAGCUAGUUGAAUGUAUGGCCUUGUAAUAAUAACUUAAGACUUUGUAACUUGUAAGGUUGCACUGUUGAAGAAUAAAGCUAGCCAUGGAAUCGAA